GGAGACCCCACCUUUAAUGCAGUGGCGGUGUCGUAUCGAGCCACGUGACGUGACGUGACGUGCGUGACGUCACGCCGCCGUGCGCUUCUGGAUUUGGCUGAAGAAGAUGGCGGCCUCCUCAGGAGUUAAAGUUCCACGCAAUUUUCGUUUGUUGGAGGAGCUGGAAGAAGGCCAGAAGGGGGUGGGCGAUGGCACGGUGAGCUGGGGCCUGGAGGACGACGAGGAUAUGACCUUAACACGGUGGACGGGAAUGAUCAUCGGACCUGCGCGAACUAAUUACGAAAACAGGAUAUACAGCCUGAAAGUGGAGUGCGGCCCUAAGUACCCUGAAGCACCACCGACUGUUAGAUUUGUUACAAAAAUUAGCAUGAAUGGAAUAAAUAAUUCCAACGGGAUGGUGGAUGCACGUAGCAUACCAAUUCUAGCAAAAUGGCAAAAUUCAUAUAGCAUUAAAGUGGUUCUUCAAGAGCUACGGCGUCUAAUGAUGUCCAAAGAGAAUAUGAAGCUUCCUCAACCGCCUGAAGGACAGACGUACAGCAAUUAAUUGUAAAUGAUUGUUUUUGACCAUCUGUCUUAAAAACAAAACACGGAGAAAAAAAAAAGAACAAAAAAAAAAACCCUCACCUUACUCUAUUAGUCUCAUGUCAUCAGAGACCGAGGAUGAAAAAAAAAAAAAAAAGGAAGCCGUUAAAUUGUUCACUCUGCACAUGAACAGACCUCAUCUCAAGGGUCGGAUUGGACGGUUCAGAAAUAGUUUAGCUCCUCAGAGAAAAAAAAUGAGAAACCGCGAGUCACCAAGAUCGAGCGCACAAUUUCUUCUCCUCCAGCAACGUUAUGUCGAGCUUUAUUGUUUCUGGAUCCUUUUUCCCCACACAGCCACAAAAUGAACAAAAAAACGGCAGGAUAGAAGAUUAAGAUAACGUAACAUGGCGGUGAUCUUUACAAAAUAAAUAAAUAAACAAAACACCCGCCUAUACAGAUACUUGUAUGAUAUGACCGCAUGAAUAGUUCGGAGGAAAAAAAUAAAAACAUAAUUUCCAUCAGCGUUAUAAAUUAUCGGAUUGAUGGAAGCCUUCGUGACGAUUAAAAUAAAGUGUGCCUGUAGUCUAGUAGUAGUAUCACAAACGGAAGGGAGUGGCUGUUUUUUUUUUUUUGUUUGUUUUUUGGUUUUUUUUAAUUAUUUUUUAAAACAAAAAUAACGUAUAACUAACCGUUUUUAUUUAACCGUUCAGGUACAUUAAAAGGUUCAAAAUCAUGAAGCGCAUCUCUCUCUCUCUCUCUUUCUCUCUCUCGCCGGUGUUGAACCGUACGACGCGACUCAAUGAACCUUUUGACGAUUCUUGCCACCUUCAUGCUCUGAUGUGCUUCUUCAGUUGGUUUUAUUAAAUGUAAUUAACCAUCGCUCCUCCCUCUUUUAUUUUCUUCCUUUCCUUCUUUCCUCCCACCUCCUAACCAUAACAACACUUCCGUAAGCCCUGGUUAAAUCCUUCGACUGUAGUCUCUUAUCUGCUCGUGAGCCUAAUUUUGAGUAAUCUGGAAGCAGUACACUGUAAUAACGAAUAGAUAACAUAGACGUUACUCGUUAAUAAGCUACGAAAGCUUAAAGGUUUCUUUUUGUUGUUUUUUUUUCUCUCGGAAAUCAAUCACAAAGACACACAACAACGCGUUAACACCAGUCGCUUUAAUGCAUCUCGAAAAACUUUACGGUCCCUUUCUGACUGUCUCAUUCUUUCUUUCUUUUUUUUUUUAAGAGAUAUAUUCUGGUUCUGUUGAGUUUGUGACACCGGGGCUGUAUUCGGGAUAAUAAAUAUUGUGAAACACAAA